AUCUCCAGGAAAGAAACAGCAGUCGAGAUGGGGCCAUGGACUCGACGCGCACAGUUUCCGAAUUGAAAGCGUCCUUUAUCCGGGCCCAGGUGCGAAUCCUGUCAGAGUCCCUCGAGCCGGCGGAGAAUUGGCGGGAUUAUGCGGUGGAAACGGAGGAGGCCGAUCUGAGCGAUAAGGUGGUUGAGGAUGUUAUGCAGAAAGUAAAUGCGACGCUGAAGCAGCAUAAUCGCAUCGUUUAUUCCUCGCAGGCUAUUCAUCAUGUCGCGCAGCAGGUCGCAAGUCUCUAUUGGUCUGCCGUUAGCCAGGAGGCGCACAGCUUGGGUUCAAAUGAAAAGGGAGUCGAGAAGACAGUGGACCUGUCAAAUCAGCUGAACAUCGCGAAAUUAUCGACGCGCCUAGAACACCCAUCUGCCAACGAGGAAGAGCGCAUGAGGUAUCGACAGCUACGAGAACGUCUUACGGAACUUAAUGAGCAACGACAGCAGCGACAGCGACGCCUGGAUGAGCUACGACGAUUACAACGCCUCCUGGAACCAUUCCUGGAACCACAGCGGAAUAUCCAACCGAACCUGAUUACUCGAGAUGGAGAAUUGGCACAAGAACUGGAGAAGAUGAGGAUGUUGGUUGCUCGGGUUGGAGGUCGGAUUGGGCAGAAGAAGGGACCAAGUGAUGGUUCUUCGCAGACUGAGAAUGGCCCGUACCCGACCGGGUCUAACCAGAAGUUGGAGGCACUGUUUGAUCUGGAUUCAUGAUGUGGGAAUAACGGGGAAUGUACGUUUUGGGUGUUGCAACUAUGCACAAGCUGUCUCAUACGAAAACGACAACUUAUCAUGACAUUUGUUGAAUGUAAGCGAUGAUAUCCUCAGUACAGCAGCAGACACGUCCUAAGUAAAAGCAAUUCCAUACCUAAACAGUGCAAGGGAUAGAAGAGCACCCCCAGAAUAGCUUCCAGUAACUGAGAUCGAGGAGUGAAGGAAAUAACAUCCACACACACUUUUCUUGCUCAGCACUGCCCACAAUAAAAAAAACAAAAAUAAGCA